UUUUUUUUUUUAAUUCAUUUCUUAGUCUGGGAUGUGCUCUGUUCUUAAUGCAUCAGGAAGCCAUAUGGAAUGAAGAAGCUUCAUUGUCUGUGCAUCAGGGAGGGAAUUAUUGACUGAGUGCUGAGCAGCCACAUUAUUGAUUCUGUCCGUAGCCCAGCCUGUGUGCUGCUCGGGUUGACUGUGUCCUUCUGGCUCGCUGCAUUUAAUCGGAUUCUCUGAGCCAUUGAGCAGAGGGGGAGAGUUGGAACCAAACCCAUCUAUCAUGUUUGCUUCCAAAUCCAGCUCCGUGUCCCCUUCUCCAUCCAUGGAGCAGGCAGAUUCGGAUGCUCUAGACAUCAGCACCAAAGUGCAGCUGUACGGAGUGCUGUGGAAGAGACCUUUUGGGAGGCAGUCGGCCAAGUGGUCCAGGAGGUUCUUCAUCAUUAAGGAGAGUUUCCUGCUUUACUAUGCUGAGAGUGAGAAGAAGAGCUUUGAGAGCAAUAAAUACUUUAAUAUCCACCCCAAGGGUGUCGUACCCCUGGGGGGCUGCAUUGUGGAACCCAAAGAAGAGCCCAAUAUGCCUUACGCCAUAAAGAUCUCUCAUGAAGACUUCCAUGGUAACAUCGUUCUAGCAGCUGAAUCAGAGUUUGAGCAGGCUCAGUGGCUGGAGAUGCUGCAGGAAUCUGGAAAAGUGACCUGGAAGAAUGCCCAGCUGGGAGAAGCCAUGAUCGAGAGCCUGGAAGCCCAAGGACUGCAGCUGGCCAAGGAGAAACAGGAGUAUGUAGAUAAACUGAUGGAAGAAACAGAAGAGUUGUGUCUGCAGAGGGAGCAGAAAGAGGAAUUGGAACGUCUGAACCAGGUGCUGGAGGCAGAGAAGCAGCGGUUUGAAGAGGUGGUACGGGAACUGCGGCUGGAGCAGGAGCAGAUCAGGCGGGAGCUAGAGCUCACAGCCCGCUCCCUUAAUGGAGUGGAGCAAGAAAAGAAAGAGUUGCGAAGCCUGACUCAGUCCUUACAGAAAAACCUGGAGGAGCUUUCCAUGGAAAAGCAGCAAAUGUUGGAGAUGUUGGAAACAAAUGAAAGCCCACCUUCAACCAGUCCUAGUGAGGAGCAAAGCCCCAGCUGGGGGUUGCACUGCAGCCUGCAGCAGAUUGAAGAGAAGAUGCAGCAACUCCUGGAAGAGAAACUUCUGGCAGAGAAGAGGAUGAAGGAGAAUGAGGAGCGGUCCCGAGCCCUGGAGGCGGAGCGAGAGUUUUACUCUUCCCAGUCGCAAGCGCUGCAGAACUCACUCUCAGAGCUGACUGCAGAGAAGCAGCAGACAGAGAGAGACCUCAAGGCUGAGGUGAAAGUGCGCAUGGAACUGGAAAAGAGACUGAGGGAAGCUGAGGAAGCAUUGCAGAGCUUGGAGCAAGGCUUAAAUUCUUUGGAUCGUAACAAGGAGAGGGAGGAGAAGAUGAAAGCAGAUGUCAGUAAUCUGAGAAAGUUCUUCGAAGAGUGCAUCCGCAAUGCCGAGCUGGAGGCCAAGAUGCCUGUGAUCAUGAAGAACUCUGUGUACAUCCACAAAGCUGCCACUCGUCGCAUAAAGAGCUGCCGCCUUCACCGCCGGAGAGCCAGCGCUUCAUGGAAUGACUUGAAGCAGUCCCAGUCCUUCAUCAUCUCACAUGCAGAAGCUGAAAACAUCGAGGAGCUGAAAGAGGCAGCUAAAAGACUGAGCCGUCACCAGCACUUCCGUGAGACACUCUAUCAAAUCAUGAGAUCACACAAAGAUUCAUCAUCAGGGGAUGAAAAGUGACUCUUGUUGAGAGGGGACUUCUGAUCUCAACUUGCCAUUCAGCUCUGCAAACACUAAGCAGUCAGGCAUUAGGGUUCAGAAGGGAGUUGCGUCCUUUGGUGAGGAAGGUGGUGGGAAGUUGUGUGUAGGCAGUUCCCUCAAGUAGUGUCUCUGCUUUAGUUUGGAUGCUCUCUGUGGUCUGGCAGACCUUCCCUGCUGAUGACUCUGGGUCAUGCCUUUUUGCUUCAGCUGCUUACGUUAAGCCAUGUUUUGCCAAGAUACUGCAGCUGGUGUUAAUGUGAAACACUGGCCUUAGCUUAGGAAGUGCCUCUUCUUUGCUGCCUACUCUGCCUGCUAAAAACAGGUGCUUCUGAGAAAUCCUUCCUCAGCCACCCAGCUACACUCAGCAGCCACCCAGCUACACUCAGUGUAGCCACUCCCAGCUGGCACAAUUUAACCUGUUCUACCUAACGUCCUCUAGGAAACUGUCUUCUCAGUGUAGAGCAUAACAUCAAAUACAAGGCAAUCUUAUGCUGCAGCAACAUUUUAAGUAGAGAGAUAACAGCACAAGGUGAAGCCAACCUGAGGAUUCUCCCCAUGGCAGGGGAGAUGGAACUACAUGAUCUUUAAGGACUCUUCCAACCUAAGCUGUUCUACAAUUUGCCUCCAAAAGCAUCAUGUGCAAAGAUCUCCUAGAAAACUCAGUAGCAUCAGUGCAAGGUGGAGGGAAGCUAUGCUGUGCUGACUGUAGGCAGAACAUCCUGGGGACACUUUUUCAUCAAGACAGCUGACUAUGUUGCUGUCAGGAGGAGGAGAAAAGGUCUGUGCAGAAAAUGGUAGGCAAGUUCAGUGUGGAGUAGCCUUGACUCUGAUGGUUUCCUCAUCACCUCAGGAAAACAAGCUUAAGGACAGGUGAGUGGAGUGAGAACUGUUCAGCAAUGACACCUACUGCCAUUUUGCAAAUUAAAUGUUGUCAGCAACAAGAGGUUAGGGCUGAGGAGUUGGGGAGAUCCACUUCAAUGUGUACUGCAGCAAAUAGCCCUUACCCAGCACUUUGUACUGCUCUCUGCCAGUCCUUUUAAUUGCAGCCCAAGCUAUCAUGGUCUAGCCUGGACCUCCAGCAAACCAAGACUGGAAUGGGAGAGGUCCUGUGUACAGCUUAAUCAGAAGUGGGCUCCUGGCUGGCCUCUGGUCUCUUCCUCAUUGUUCACCAUGAGGUUGUCACAGUGGAGUAUUUAGGUUGGAGUUGGUUACCUUGUGUUUUACAUGAGAGGAAUGGCUUUGUUGUACAAAUCUCUCCUUUAUAAAAGCAGCUGGCUAAUAAUUAUCCACACUAUAGUAACUGCACUGCUUAGUGCUUACAGAGCACAUGGCAAGCACGCUCAGUGAUACUUCAUCCCUGUGAUAUAAGUCAGAAAACAGAGAUGUAAAACAUACAAAGGUGAUGAUGCUAAAAGCAGAGCUUGCUUAGGGCUUAGCUGCCAGAGUACUGGGGCUCUUAGGUCUGUACCCCUGGGUAUUACAAGUGCCCUUUUUGUCAAGUGACUGGGGUGGCUGUUUGCAUAUUCAGGCUUUGUUUCUGGGCACCAAAGUCAUUCCCUUCCAAUCCCGUGCUGCUUCUAGGGUGAACUUAGGGAUGAGAUAGGGAAGGGACCUUGUCCUGUUGUCAUCCAUGAGAGUGGCACUGAUGCUGGUGGAGGGUGCAAAGUGUGAUAUGCUGAGAGCUUCUAGAGGGGACUGUGUGACCAGAGGAUAAGCACUGAAGGCAUGGUCUCUCCAUUUCAGCCACUUAUUGACCACUGUCCUCCUGCUAGAUAAUGGGAUGCUUUAAAAAGCCAGAGGGCUCAUCACAGAGGGCUGCUAGUUUUACAGUGACAGGUGAUGGGACAGGAGAAUAAAAUUUACAUCCCUCCUUAGCAUACCUGGCCUUUUUGUGCUUUUCCUAUUCCAGCUUGCAUGCUAGAAGGCCAGAAAUUAAUUCUGGUUCCCAGAAGGUUGAAGAGUUAAGAAACAAAAGCGGAGCUGGUUUUCCCCUUUGCAUUGUCCUGUCAAACUCUCAGGCUAUUUUCCAGUUGCAAUUUUUUUUAUCAUGUAAUACUGGAAGAUGCAGUGAAAAGUACAGCCAGAAUGUGUACCUGUAAUCAAGGCAGUUAAAAAAAACCACUUGGUGGCUUGUGAAUGCAACACUUUGAUCUAUUACAAUCAGAUGCCACAAUAUCAUAAUUUACAGAAGUAUUGUACUCAGGAGGUAGUCACAUCUGAUCUUCCUUUACUGCAUAUUGACAGCAAUAAGUAAAUAAAAGUUACACAGAUACCAGAGUGAAUUCCUAUGUGUUCUUGUCACACUGUUACUGAAAUGAAGUUAAAUUGCCUCUGCAGGAGUAGAGACAAAUUGUUGUGACAUGCUCAUUUACUGCCAGGGUACUUGCUGUGCUUCACUGGGUUGCUGUAUGAGCUGAGCAUCAUCUCUUGAAGGACAGUGUGCAAAAUGCUUUCACCCUUGCCACCUGCUUCCACUUUAUUUACUAUGUUGAGCCUCUGCACUUUAAAAUGGAAAUAAUGCUAAAUCCAGGAUAUAUCAAAUCUAAAUCAGAAAUCUCAUGCAGCUUGCUGGCUUCAGGUAAGCAGGUGGAACCAAGCCAUGCCCUCAGCUACCUGUGGCAAAGUUUUUUCUAUCAGCUGUUCAUUGCUGCAGACAAUAGCCCUGUUAGCCCUGACCUCAUAAGUACCCUGGGAGAGUCUUCUCACCUAGGAACCUCUCUUCUCUCUGAAGACUUUCCCAGUUGGCCCUUUUAGAGCUCUGUUAAAACAGUGUUAAUGUGUGGACACUGCCAGCUGUAGUGUCUGUGUCUUCUUACCUACUUGUACACAACAAGAGCAGCGGCUCCUGCUCAGGCUGUGCUAAGGGUUAAUUUAGUCCUCCAUGUGAGCAGCAAGAAGCCUCCAGGCUGUUUCACUGCUUGGUGUGGAAGUGUUGUUUGCUUUGUGGACAGGAGUUUUGGAGCUCCUCUGGUACUUGCUGCCUCAGGGCUUUGCUAUUGCCUAGAAGUAAAUGGCAGAGAAAAGAAGGCAGCACCGCCCCACCAUCGGUGUUUGCUGCUUUGAAAGCAGAGAAAGCAGAUGAGAAAUGGAAACUGCCUUCAGGGUCAGAAGUCAAUAACAGAGGGUGAAAUGUCACUGGUGUUAGAGCUGCUGUGCAUAAAGUAUGAGGGAUGCUGGCGGUAGUGAUCCUCAGCUCUGGAGCAUGGAUUUUUAUCUCAAGAUGGUGGGCCGGUUUUCAGCUUGGUAUUGGUUCUUUGGAGGAAGGAUAACAGGUUUUCACUAAAAUGUCUGUUUUGAUUGCUUUUUCAUUCAGGUGCUUCCUGUGGCAAGUGAAUGGACAGAGGGUGGCUCAUGCUGUGUCUCACAAGGAGAAGCGUCUGUAUGGGUGGGAGGAAUGGUGGUGCCGGGGGACUGGCUGUGGUCACACACUGCAGCGUGGCCAUGAUGGUCAGAGGUGGCCUUUCCCUCAUGAUGGGGCUGUGCUGUUCUGCUGCCUGCACCUCUGGGCUCUUCUGCCUGCCUGCUCACUCAGAGCCUCAGUGCCUUUCUGCCCACCAAGAUAAUGUUUCCUAUAUUAAGUAACUCCUUUCCUUCUUACUGUAGGCUUAACUGUAAAGCCGGAAUGAGGAAAGAUCCAACUGAGGAUUCAGACAAGUCUGUGAGUCCUUUCUGCUCCUCUUUCCACCAGCAUUGAGUACAGGAGGUGCUGCAGUGCUGGGACUGGCAUCUCUUUUUCAGCCUUGGCAGGUUUGCUACUUAAGAUGAAAAAUGACAAAAGCCAUUUUGUGGAGGUAGCAAAGGCACCUUUUUCUAUUUCAGAGGUGUUGUAAUAAAUAGAACAAGUGAGGUCAUGGGUUCUUCUUUUGCUGCAUUAUGAGAAGUGCAAGCUUUGCAUUGCUUAAAAUAAUAAGUAAAAUUCUGCUUAGUCUUGAGUUCCUCUUGGCUGCACUCUGCCUCAAACCAUCCAAGGGUACGGGGAUGGGUCUUUUCCCAGGACUGCUGCUCCUAUUGGAUUUUUUUAUUUUUAUUUUUCUGUUAGUGCUGUGGGCAGGAGAGUUCUCACUUCACUCCUACGUCAGUGCCUGCCUUAAGGAGCCACCAGCCCCCACUCCCCUGGCAUGAGAGGAAAGGGUUCUGCUUUAUGCAAGCUUUUACUCUGAAGUAUGGCCAGGAGCAGUGCCAUAGCACGGGUGGUAGAGCUCAAACUUUGAUGGGACUCACAAGUGCACGAAGUCCCUGCUGACAGAGGUGCACAGGUAGGUUAGUAACAUGAGGCUGUGAGAAGUUAAAACCACGCAGCAAGGAGGUGGGAAUGCUGCAACUCCUGUAG